AUGAUUGGCAACCACGAUGAUGAAGCUCCACCAGCAGACUCUGCGGUGGUCCCCAAGAUGGGCCCUGAGCCUACCUUGCUGUGUCGAAAAGAAGUGGAUGCGCUGUACGAAACGCUACAAGCCAUCGUGACAGCACUGGAUCAGCUCCAAGUAGACUACAUUGUCACGGGUGGAUCCUUGUUGGGUGCCAUUCGACAGCAUUCCAUUUUAUUUUGUGAUGACGACAUUGACGUGACCAUUAUUGACUAUCCUCCGGGUCAUCCGCGCGAUCCUUAUACCCAAAAUCGCAAGGAACAACAACCGCAUGUUUCAGCCUACGAGAGAGUGUCUCAAAAUCUACAAGAACUACUGGGACCUCGCUUUACCUACUCGAUUCGUCCUUGGGAAGCCGGAGACAAGGUCCGACCCAGAUUUAUGAGUUCCAUUUUUGUCGACAUUUUCACACUGCGACGAUUCGACACACUCCAAGAUUUACGAGAUUUGAUGGGUGUCAAGACCAAUGGACAACCACAGCCACAAGACUAUGUCGACAAGAUUUGUGAUACGAUAACAUCCUGUGCCAUACUAUCAUCACCGCAGUCUCAACAACCACAAACAAUAAUAACGACACCACUCUGUCCCUUUUGGCAAUUCAAUACGCGCAAGGCUGUCGAAUUGUGGCCCAAGGAAGUCUACCGAGAACACGAAUUGUUCCCACUGGACCGGAACUUGAAAUUUGGACCCUUUGAUAACAUUUGCGGACCCAAAAUGCCCGUACUCUUGUUACAGCGCGCAUUCGGCCACGAUUGUUUCGAAGUAUACUACGCCAGUGUCAGUCACAAGGACGUUGUGCAGCAACAAGUUAAUGGUAAUGACAGCAAAAACAAAAACGACAACGACAACAAGCAAACCAAUGGCACGGAGAAUGGCAAACUUCCACCUCGAACAUUGGCGGGUGGAAUUUGGGAAUCCAGUCCCAAGUGUGCCCUACAAGACCAACACUUGGUACCAAUGCAACCCACCAGCCGUGCGUUACGACGACCCGACAAUCACAAUAGACAUCACCUGGAAGUGUAUUUGCAAGAACAAACGGAACGAGAAGAAUUGUGGCAACGAGAGGAAGCACUGCGGUUGGGAUUAAAUCCACCACGACCACGUCGAACAAUCUACAUGGAUGGGGUAUUUGACAUGUUUCAUAUUGGACAUUUGCAGGCCAUUCAACAAUGCGCCGCAUGGGGGGAUCGAGUCAUUCUGGGACUGGUCAGCGAUGAGGAUGCCAAGGGGUACAAGCGUCCUCCCAUUAUUCCACAAGAGGAACGGUUGGCCAUUGUAUCGGCUAUUCGGUAUGUCGACCAAGUCAUUUGUCCCAAUCCAUUCAUUGUAACACAAGAGUUCAUGGACGAACACCAGAUUGAUCUGGUGGUGCACGGCUUUGCGGAUCCAGCCGAUGAAGAACGGCAGCGGGAGUUCUUUGAAGUACCCCGCAGACUGGGAAAGUUUCGGACCAUUCGAUACCACCAAGGCUUGAGCACCACGGAUAUCAUUGCUCGGAUGCAGAGCUUGCCACCGGCCCACACACUGGAGCCGUAG